GCGAAACUCUCUGCAAACACGCGGAGAGGCAGAAAGGGCAAAUUCCUGCAGGUGACGAGGGAAAGCCCGGGACUCCGAACACCUCCAAAAACUGGAGGAACCCUGAUUCCGCCUCCUGGAGGAGAGGAAGCACGAAUCCCCUCGCUAAAACAAGAAAUAAAGAACCUCCAAGGUCUACACGGCGGCACUGCGAGGGCUGCCCUGCCUGACGGAGUCCCCGCCGCUGCCAUUUUGCGGCCGCCCGGCGGCUCUGCGCACGCCCAUCGCGGCCGCAGCGGGGCCAGGGGCAGCUGCCGGCCCCAUGGCGGAAGAUGGAGGCCGGGGAGCCGCGGCCAGCCCGGGGGCGAGCGCCCGCUUCGUGCGGUGCCUUUACGCGGUGGGCUUCCUGGAUUUAUUUGGUGUGAGUAUGGUUGUUCCUUUAAUGAACCUUCAUAUCAAAUCUCUAGGAGCAAGUCCUACAGUUGCUGGAAUAAUAGGGUCUCUCUAUGGUAUAAUGCAGCUAUUUUCCAGCACAUUUGUGGGCUGCUGGAGUGAUAUAGUAGGAAGACGGUAUUCCCUGCUUGCAUGCAUUCUUCUCAGUGCACUGGGUUACUUCAUUCUUGGAAUGUCCACCACUGUGUACCUGUUUGCCAUUUCUAGAGUCCCUGUAGGUAUUUUCAAACACACGCUCUCUAUCUCUAAAGCCCUGCUUUCUGAUUUGGUUUCUGAGAGAGACCGCCCUUUAGUAAUGGGGCGUUUCAAUGCAGCCUCCAGUGUGGGCUUCAUUUUGGGACCUGUUGUUGGUGGCUACCUUACGGAGUUGAAAGAUGGCUUCUAUCAAACGUCUUUCAUCUGUGCUUCUAUCUUCCUUCUGAAUGCUGGUCUUGUCUGGAUGUUACCCUGGAAUGAAGAAAACACUGGCAAUGGGAAACACAAACAAGGGAAGAAAAGGACAGACAGUAUCACAGCAAAACCAAAUUGUGACCUGCAGUUGAAAUCAGUAACUAAUGGAACUGUGGCCAUUGAUAGUCCUUUCCAGUCUCCAUGGGUCCAAAUUGUGACAGUGCUGAAGAGGAUUAAAGAAAUUGCAUGUUCUGACUUGUGGGAUAUAUUUUUAGUGCGGUUAUUGAUGUCUGUCACUAUACUGCUGUACCAUAGCAAUUUUAGUCUGGCCUUGGAGGAGAGAUUUGGGGUGAAACCCUUGUUCUCUGGAUACUUAAUGAGUUAUAGCAGUUCGCUCGGAGUUCUGGCUGGUUGUCUGCUUGGACCAAUAACAAGACUGUAUCAGCACAACACUUACAGACUUCUGUUGCACUCCAGCACUUUUACCUGCACGUUGAUUCUCCUGUAUGCAUCAGCGCUUAGCAUAUGGAUGGUCAUUUUGUCUUCUACCUUCUUAGCCUUUUCAACUACUAUAGGUCGUACUUGCAUCAUUGAUCUUGAACUGACCAUCGGUGGGAAUGAGGCCAGCGGUACGCUCCUGGGUGUUGGACAGUCUGUGACAUCAGUGGGACGUAUAAUUGCCCCGCUCCUUUCUGGAGUUGCACAGGAGUUCAGUCCUUGUGGCCCUCCAAGCCUAGCGGUUGCAUUGGCUUUGGUAGCUAUUCUGAUAAUGAACGUAAACAAACAGAAAUAUUGUAGUAGUGGAAAUGUUAAGUUAAAAAAUCAGUAGCUGCAAAUUUGGAUUGUAUGGAUGUAUCUUACAGAAGAGGCAAAGUGAAUCAACCUGUGGUGAUGCUUACACCUACCAGACCUGUACAGCAGUAACAGGAUCUUUUACAUGGGCACGUUAUGUUCACAUGGACAACACGUAACAAAUUUGUUGGAGACAAAUACAUAUAAAUGUCUGCUGCAGGACUGAUAUAUUUUUGAACUGGUACCACUAGAACUCUGAUGAGAGGGACAGAUAUUACUGUACAGUAUGGGCUGGGUUUUUUUUAAUGGACUUUUAACCUUUCUGGAGGGAAAAAAGGAUGACUUGAAGUACACAAAUCCUGUUUGUAGCUAACAUUUGAAACAGUAUUUAUACUGACUUUAAAAGGUGCAGACAGAAGUUGAUUUGUAUUAUUUAAUCAGAAGUGAAUGUUUAUUAUUUAAUUGGAAUUUGCAUCAUAACUCAUUAGCCUUAUUUUCUUAUGCUGUGGCCUGCUUCCAUGUGUCUGCUGUGACAAUAGGAUGUUAGCUUAUAUGAUUUCAUUAAGCAUACUUUGUCUACAAAACUUGUGCAGCAUGAUUAGGCACCAUCUGGCCUGUUUUCUAAUCUCUCCCAGGUAACAGAAUUGGGUAUAAGUUAACUUAGUGUGUUAGCAAGCUUAAAAUGGACAAUUUUAGAAUAACGGGACAUUCAGACGGAAACUGAGACCAAACCUAAGAUUUGUUGAACCUUGAACUGGUAGCUUCUGUUUAGUGUUGACUUGUACUGAGCAACUUUGUCAUAAAUAAAUUUUUAAUACUUCCUGUGCAGGUUUUGUACCUUCGUUUUAAGAAUAAAUUUUCUUCUCAAGUCUUCAAAUGACUGUUAAAGUCUGCCAGAGCAACCAACAGUAAUUCUAAGAUGGCUCUGGAUUAAUGCAUUUUCUCUCAUCACUGGAGGCAUAGGUGACAUUUUAGUGGCAAAACAAAAAGUGUCGAUUUGUUUGUAUUUUGGUCUUAUUUGUCUGAACUUCUUAAGUAAUGAGAGUUUACUCUCUGAGCUACAGUGAGAGUUGUAGUGCUUCCUUGUGACAUUUGUUGUUGGAGCCUAUAUUGCUUACCAGUAACCACUGUUAGUAUUUAAUCUGAAACAUAUAUAAAAAAGUAUUUUGCACUGAUAAUGUUCCAUGUGCUUUUCCUAGCGUUACUUGAUGAAAGUACAAAGUCAACUACAUAGAAUUUUUAUUUUUUGAUUUUAAAAAAGUUAUUCCCUUGAACACAUCUGUGCAAGUAAUGUUGCUACUUUAGGAGAAUCUCAGUGUUUUGCACUUUAUAUUUUCUUUUCCAGUGCCUGCUGCCAUUUUAGUCCUAUCUGAAAUCUCAGUCAUUCCAGUGACACCACUAUGAGAAUAUAUAGAGGGAGCUCUGAGUUUUUUAUUGUAUAUAUUGACGUAAUGUGUCUUAUUACAUUGCUGCUAUGAUGUCAGUAACUAUCCUCAGAAUUACUUAUUGUAGUAACCUGUGUUUACUUUAUCCUAGGAACUUAAGGCAUUUUAUUUUGUGUUAUCUUUCCUUGUCUUGCUUGAUAGAUGCUUCAAAACAUUCUCACCCUUAAUUUCCUAUACUCUUUCUUUCCAUGUCUUAAAUAGAUUUCAGUAUUUAUUUUUACCUAAAGCCACUCUUCUGUAAGUCAGCAAUUUCUGUUUUGCAAGUACAGCAUAGGUUAAAAGAAAAAAGGGAGGGAAGGUGGGACCUAAAAAACUAAUGUAUUUGAAAUAUUUUGUAAUUUUUACUAUGAUUAUUGGCUAUACUAGAUAACAGAUAACAUUCUAGAGUUGCUGCACUGUUUAAAGCUAAAUUCUGUAAACAUAAAAUUCAGUUUAUACUGUA